AUGCGAGUGACACUUUUUCCGUCUCGGCUUAUUGUUUUUUCCAGGUUACCAGGCAGAUAUUGUCAAACAACUCAAACAGGACCACCGGAAGAAGAUAAAUAUGAAAUGUUCCGCAAAUUAAACGAAUAUGCCAGUGCUGGACUGUGGGAUGAUAGGUACAAUAAGCCAAGGUUGUUUCUUUUCGGCAAAAAUCGACAAAAAGUAUAUGAACUCCAUGAUAAAAUGACACCGAAAACAGAUCCAUUUUUUCAACGAUCACCAUAUGGGGUGCACUUGGAAGUGCUAUAUCGUUUAAGUUUGGGAAUUGCAGCCGUCACUAUUGUUUGCUCAUUAUAUGUUAUGUUGAUUCCCGAAGAGAAACGCCUAAAGUACAAAUAUCGUAAAGAGCAUGCCUCUGGAGAACACAACUGA